AUGGCGCAGAUUACGAGACGCAAGGAGCCUGAGAAGUCUCCAGGAAUACAUUGGCUAUGUCUCGCUCUACUCUGCACACUACCUUUAUGUCUUGCAACGACAGAAGAUGAUGCCUGUCACGUCUGCGAGUGUGACAGUUUUAAGAAAAUUGUAAACUGCAAUGGAAAAGGUCUGAAAUCGAUGCCAAACGGAAUACCACAUGACACAACCUUGCUGUAUUUGGCGAACAAUCAGAUAUCUGCCAUCGAGUCAGGAGCUUUUAGCGGCCUUACCAGCUUAAUCCGCCUGGAUCUGUCAAUGAAUGGGCUGACGGAGUUGACUCCAGACAUGAUGAAAGGUGUCGGUGGAUCUGUCAUUGGAAAAAUCUACAACAACGAGUUGUUGGAGAUUCCCUCAAGGCUCUUCUAUCGUCCAGGCCAAGAACAUCACAUACUGACUCUGGAUUUCAGUGGAAACAAAAUUCAACAUGUGGCUGCCGAUGCAUUACUCGGAGUGAAAGGCGUACAAGAGGUAUUUCUAAGUUCCAACAACAUUGCAUCUCUGCCCGAAGACCUGUUUGCCAACGUUACUGUGUUCGGCACCCUAGAUCUGUCUUCAAACGAUUUGUCAAGCAUCCCGGAUGGACUUUUGCGUUUUCAGCGGAAACUUCGAACUCUGUAUCUCCACCAAAACUUCAUUAGAGUUCUCAGAAGGGAGAUGUUUGUUGGACUUCAGAACUUAAGGACUUUAAUGAUUGCUGACAACCCAAUAACCGAAAUUGAUGAGCGAGUGUUUUCUGAUACGCAGCUAGUAAACCUUUACUUGUUCAACGCGGAGUUGCGUUCAAUUGGAGCCAGGCCGUUUAUGACGAGAGCCAAUUCGCUUCUGCUUGUAUCUCUUUACGGUAACGACGUCGAAGUUAUUGCUGAUUCGGUUUGGCAAGAUUUAGGACCUCGCUGCAACGUAUCCAUUGGCAGCACACUCAGGAGAGUUCCUUUCACCAGGUCUGACCUCAAUAUAAAUUUGGUCGGGACUGAUUUUGUUCAAACACUAUCCGUGACGAAGGAGGAACGCAAUCUAUUGAUUCGAGCCGGAUUCAGCUGUGAAAAAACAGGCUAUAGAACAUAUCAGUGCACUACGUGUCAUCAGGGAACCUAUGGAGGAGCCCCCGAGGAUUGUAAACCCUGUCCAUCAGGAGGUUUUUUUCAAAACCGAACAGGACAAGUUGUGAAGAGAGGAGCAGACCUCAAUUGCUUUUUCUGCAAUAAUGGCACAUACGUUCCACCAGAAGCUCACCCUGGUAAAACCAUCGGAGAUUGCGUGGUGUGUCCAUCAGGCACGGAUACAAGCCGCCACGCAGGAUUCCGCGCGUGUCCCUGUGUGUCGAAUUACUACCGUAAAGAUCGGUUUGGUGAAUGCUUCGCCUGUCCGUUGCAAGGAACUGACUGUUCGGAAGAAUAUCAACAUCUUCUGCCAGGAUUCUGGUGGACUUGGGACUGGGGCUCGGUCGACAACUAUCAAUCUUACGAGAAAUAUGUACAAAAUAUCCUCAUACAUAACGAGAGCUACGACGAAAGCACGGUAAGGUUUAAAGGUGCCUUGCCAAAAGUUCAUCCAUGUCCAAGAAAAGAAUCGUGUCAGAAUGGGGGUGACGGAAUAAAUGCUACAUGUGAAUUUGGUUAUGAGGAUUUCUUGUGCUCUCAGUGCAUUGCCAACUACUAUUCUUGGUUUAACAGAUGCUUUGAAUGUCCCAGAUGGUAUGUGUUUCUUUUAGAGAUUGUGGCUGCUCUGGUAGUUAUUGUUGUUUUAAUUAUCAUCGUAAUGUGGGACCUUCGAAGACAUCGGCGUAGAGGGCGUUCUGCCAUCAACGCGUUGUUCUCCAGAUUCAAGAUCGUACUUGGUUUCUAUCAGAUCAUGGGCGAAAUAUUCGAAGCACUGGAUGGGAUUCAUUGGCCACAGGCACUUACUAACAUUGGUUCAUUUUUCCGAUUGUUAGAGGUGAAUAUUGCGCAAUUGAUCGUUAGCCCUCGAUGUUACUUCCCAAAUUUCACAUACCCAACUAUUUACAUAGAGUUUAUAACUGGUAUGAGCUUCGUUGUCUUUGUAGUGUUGUUGGCACUGAUUGUGUACGGUUGCAGGAAAAGUUACCUGAAAAUGACCAAAUUGUCCAAGGAGGUUUGCAACAAUAUGUUGGCUCAAACUAAACAAACCUGUUACCUGGUGGUGGUUAUUCUUCUGUUUGUCACAUAUCCAAGCGUAUCGAGUGCCAUUUUUACCUUGCUGCCUCCUGGAUGUGACGAGUUCUACCUAGAUGACACCGAUCACUUCAAAGUCCUGCGACUCCGAUCGGACUACUCCAUCGACUGCGAAUCAAAUCAGCAUGUCAGCUACAACUACGCCGCCGAAGUGUCCCUGUGUUAUGUUGUUGGCCUUCCGUUGGCACUGUUCCUCAUGUUGUGGGCGAGUUGUCGAAGCAACAAGGGAUCUGAUCAAUGCUCCUCUGCACCGUCAGAUGAUUGCAAUGCCGGGCAGCCCUUAGGUUGUAGUGAGACGGAUCAGUCUGGUUACCAAAACGAAUCUGAUCUUGAUCCUAAGUCAGAUACCGAACUUUUGUGUCACGCCAAUUCUGAAGAGAUAAAUACUUCUGAAGGUACCGGUGUGCAAUCUGAAGAUGUUGAACAUGAUGACGUGACAAGUUCCUCUCUCCCCGAGUCGGACCGAGAAAAGACUGACGACAAUAAGAUCACCUGGGUUAGUUUCUUGUGUGAGAACUACAAGGAGCAGUUCUGGUAUUGGGAGAUUGUGGAACUUGCUCGCAAAGUCCUCCAAGUUGUCUUCGUUCUGAUGUUCGGUGCUGAUGAUCAUUUCACGCUCUUUGCUACCAUUGUCUUAUCCGUGGCCUUUCUUAUCGCCCAUGCUUACUUGAAACCAAUGAAGGAUGCGGCAGAGCACCGUCUUCAGAUGUGUUCCCUGACUACCAUCUUCCUGAAUCUGUCGGCAGCAUCUUUGCUUCUGUUACCAGAUGAAGAGAACCAGUCCAGCGAUGCAAGAAAGGAAUUUCUGGUCGUCUUCCUGAUUGUUAUCAACCUGAACAUAGUUGCCUUUGUGGCAGGAAGCGCCGUUUGGACCUUAGUGAAGGCUGUAUGGAAGACUUCGCGAUCCUGUAGACCAAUCAACACAUCGCAUACUGAAGGAGAAACGACUCUUAGACUAAUUAGUGGCAUACCUAUAUCUGAUAGUAUUUAUGGGUCUGUGUCAAAUCAUCAUGCUACAGGUGUAUCAUAG